AUGCGUAUUCUCCUUGUACUCUGGGCAGUCGGAAGCGUACUUGGCGGAAGUAAUCGCAAACGUGUAGCAAUGGAUAGACAUGAGGACGACUCUGAUAGCGACGAUGACCGUGACAGAAAGGCUGAUACCUGCUCUGGUGGUUCAGUGGAUCACGAUUUUAUGGAGUAUUUCUUGAAAAGAACGUGCACAAUAAUUAGUGGGAACCUCCACUUGAAAGAUCUUGACGCGCCUGCUCUUUUUAUCUCCAAUAAUAUCGGCUUUGAGACUAUUGGACUUCCGUCACUGCGGCAAAUUGUGUCGGCAGGUUAUGGCCCUAUCAUUGAGAUAUAUUCAUUAAGUGAAAUUUCAAAGGAAGACGAAAAUAGACUCCGAAAUCUUGUUGGCGAGCGUUAUGAAAUUCGCUACCACAUUUUACCAGUUGAACAAGAAGAACACAACACAAUACUCAUGGUGAUAAUAAUAACCUCUGGAGUAGCAACAUUGGCAAUCCUGGCUGUUGUAAUAGUUUUUAUGAUAUAUAGGAAGGAAAUGAGCAGGAAAAAAGAAGAGAUGAAAGCUCCUGAACUUGCUGUAUCGGAGGAAAUUAAAGAGAUUCCAGCCAGAGCUCCUCCUGGAUCAGCAGAGUUGACGACGUCAAAUUAA